UAUCAAAGUCAGAUUCUUCCCACCCAGUCCCGUACUGUUUGGAACUCUUCUCUCUAGUGCUCUCUCUUUUUUCCCUUCAAUCACUCUCUGCUUUUCAACUAUAUUUGAUUCAAUUCGAGAGAUUUUAUAGUGUUGCAAGCAUUGUUGCAAGUUGCAAUUGUGACUCUAUCUUCAGAUUGGUUAGUUGUUCCUCGUCGGGAUCAGAAGACUUGCACUUCCCAAGAGCUUUCCUUUGCAAAUCUUUGUUCAAAAAGGAAACAUGAACUCUGAGAUCAUAAAGGAAAUUGCCUGCCUUGAAGCAUGCAAUCAACAUCGUGAGAUUGGUGCAUUGAGAGAUAAUCCUGUGGAAGAAGCUAAUGCUCAAGAAAGGGGGAACGAACCUUAUAUUGAUGAGCAACCCAGUUAUUUCCCACCUGAACUGGUCGGUCAUAUUCCAAAGAAUUCGAAUAUACUGUAUCAUUACUACUUAAUGGAGCUGGAGCAGAAAUUUGCUUACGAUAUUCCAGUUCAUGAUAUUGUGCUUGUCCUGAGAGACAAGCUAGAACCUGAACUUGAAAGCUUGCAUUUUGACUUGGAUGUUGACAGGGGUAGUUUGACAGUGAACUUUAAAUAUGUAGGAGUGAUUAAUCUUAGCACAGAUCAGGUCCUUUUGUGUAGAAGGUUUCAGAAAACUCUUUUAAGAGUUCUUAUUUAUCAUGAUUUGGGAAGUUUAAACGAGCGUAUGGAUGGAGAUAUUUUGGGAGCUGAGACUGAUUAUCUUUUGAUCCCAGCCACUGGAAAGCAUCAGAGACCUGUGACCAUUGAUUGGCAUUGCGUUAAUUCUGUGCUAUUUUCGUGUAAGAAGAAUGGUGAAUUUCACUUGAAUUGUGCUUUACCCAAGGAUUCUGCUCGUAUUGUACAAACCGAAGAUGGUCCUGUAUGCACUUGCCUGCUUCAGAAUUCUUUGGUGUACACUCACACUGAUCAGUUUUAUUGCACAACUGGGAUUAUGGGAUUGAAUGCAAACUCACGUAUGCAGCACAGUCGUGGCAAAUUCAAUACUUACAAGGAGUACUAUGAAAAACAGCAUGGAAUCAAGCUGUGUUUUGAGCACGAAUCAUUGGUUAGUGGGAGACCCAUUUUUAUGGUGAAAAAUUACCUUCAAAGAUGCAGAAAUCAGAAAGAGAAAGAAUCAAGAAUGUCGUCGGUUGAAUUGCCUCCGGAGCUUUGUUCUAUAGUUAUGUCACCAAUAUCAAUCAAUACAUUUUAUUCUUUCUCAUUUGUUCCUUCAAUCAUGCACCGGCUUGAGUCUUUGCUUAUAGCUGCCAACUUAAAAAUGAUGCAUUUGGAUCAUUGCAAGCAGAAUGAUGUUCUUCCAAUCUCCAAGGUCUUGGAAGCAAUUACCACAAAGAAAUGCCAAGAGACAUUUGAUUUGGAAUCCUUAGAAACGCUUGGAGAUUCAUUUCUCAAAUAUGCUGUGAGUAAACAACUUUUUAAGACCUAUGAAGAUCAACGUGAGGGUGUCCUUACUUUGGAGAAAGAAAAAAUAAUUUCAAAUGCAGCUCUUUGCGAGUUUGGAUGUCACCGCAAACUUCCGGGAUUUAUUCGAGAUGAGUCCUUCGAUCCGAAAAAGUUGAUCAUUCCGGAUGAUAGAUCGGGUAGUGCAUUAAGUGAGGAGUUACUCUUUAAUACGAGAAAAAUCUAUAUUAGGGAAACUAGGAAGAUGGAAUGUGAAACUGUUGCUGAUGUUGUGGAGGCACUAAUUGGUGCAUUUCUAAGCAGUGGCGGUGAAACAUCAGCAUUAUUAUUCAUGGAAUGGUUGGGUAUAAAGGUGGAUUUUUACAUAACACCAUAUGAGAGACCCUUCCUAAUUCACGCUGAGAAGCAUCUCAAUGUCAGACAUUUGGAGUCCUUAUUGAACUAUUCAUUUCGUGAUCCUUCAUUGUUAGUGGAAGCAUUGACCCAUGGUAGCAUGCUUCGCGAGAUUCCAAGAGAUUAUGAGCGACUUGAAUUUCUUGGGCACUCAGUUUUGGAUUAUCUAAUGACCAAGCAUUUCUAUUAUGAAUAUCCUGGGUUGUCACCAGAACUGUUAACUGACACGAGAUCUGCUUCUGUGAAUAAUGAUUGUUAUGCACGAUCUGCAGUCAAGUGGGAACUGCACAAACACAUCCUCCAUGCCUCACAAGAACUCCACAAGCAGAUAGUUGAAACUAGUAACAAUUUUGAGAAGGUAUCAUCAGAAUCAACUUUUGGAUGGGACUCCGAGACAACUCUCCCCAAGGUACUUGGUGACAUUAUAGAGUCUCUAGCAGGUGCCAUUCUUGUUGAUUCAGGAUACAAUAAGGAGAUGGUCUUUGGUAGUAUAAGGCCUCUUUUAGAGCCUCUGAUCACACCUGAAACGUCAAUGUCUCAUCCUGUAAAGGAGUUGAUGGAACUAUGCCAAAAAGAGCAUUACAAUAUUAAAGAGACAAACAAGAACUGCAAUGACAACGAUGGUCUUAGUUCCAUUACAGUAAAGGUACUAGAUGCUAAAGGUCUCUCAUUAAUCGAGCAUACAGCUACAGCUGCCAACGGAAAAACAGCAAGAAAAUUAGCUUAUAAAGAAGUUUUGAAGUCCUUGAAGGAAUCCAAGGCCUUUUCUGGCCUUUCGGCUUCUCAUUCUGAGAUUUCUAUAGCGACGACGUCAACAGGGGUUCAAGCGGUUGCGAAGAGGAAGCCUGUGUUCAUCAAGGUGGACCAGCUGACACCCGGCACGCAAGGCCACACCCUUGCUGUCAAGGUUGUCAGCUCCAAGCCCGUCAAGGUCACCAACAGCAAGCCUGCGCUAUCGUCUAGGAUUUUAUCUCGGCACCUACACCCCAUACGAAUCGCCGAGUGCCUUGUCGGCGACGAGACUGGGACCAUCGUCUUCACUGCUCGCAAUGAUCAAGUUGAUAUCAUGAAGCCCGGUGCCACUGUGAUCCUGCGGAAUGCAAAGAUUGAGAUGUUUAAAGGGUUUAUGAGGAUGGUAGUUGAUAAAUGGGGGCGUGUUGAGGUCACUGAACUUGCAAAUUUUGAUGUUAAAGAGGAUCACAAUCUCUCUCUUGUGGAGUAUGAGCUAGUUGAUGCCAUUGAAGAAUGAUUCUGUCGUAUGGAAAACGAUGUUUUUGAACUUGGGGUUUGAGUUUGUGUGCUGGCAAUGAAUUGUCGUCUGGAUUGUUAUAUAUGUUGCAAAUCUUUCUGAAGCUGUUUUUGCCCCAGUAAUUGUGAAAUUGGGAAAGUGAUUGCAUUUGGAAUGUUUGAUCAAUGGUGCAGCUUAUGCUCUCCA